AUGAGUGAAAGAGAAUUUAUAGAAGACAAUUUAAAGGAGAGCCUGCAGACUUAGGCACAUCUACACAUUGAAGGAAAGAUGUUCUCCCACGUGCUUUCCCUUUCUGUCUUGAUUUUGUCAGUAAGUGGAAGGAACCUCUGCUCAAAGCCAGAACCAUCUAUGGUUACACAGUAUCUCAUUGGGCGUUUGGAGAAAGAAGCUACUACAACAUGCAAUUGUAAUUCCAAUGUGACUGACUGUUUAUGCCUUCCUGUCUCUUCUCAUCACAACUGUAGCACAUCAUGCUUUGAGUACGGGCUGAAAAUGAUGUCUCACACACUAAAACCAGAUUAUAAUCAAACCAUCAAAAGAGUGAACAGUUACGUCCGGCAACUGGGGAAGUUCAAAUGCAAACCAUUUUCUUGUUACCAGCCUUGUAAUGAAACUUUCACCAUCAACACAAUGCAGUUUCUGAAGACUCUCCAAGAAAACUUUCAGAAAGUGCCUAUUUCUAACAAUUAA